AAAUUUUAUAACAAAACAUGCGCAUCUGUAACGUGGCAACUCUAAGUUCCAAUUGCGCGCUCUCGCUUGCUUGCGCUCCCGGUUUUAAGCCAACUUCAAUUUCAGUUACCAACAAACACUCGACGCGGCCAAAAGUGAAUUACACUCCGUCAGCUCAACUGAUCGCGUAUGAGAGAAAAGAAAACUCUCGAUUCAGCUGGCAUAGAAAAAGUGUCAAGUUGUUGGAAAACAUUUCGUAUGUGAACUUUGCCAAAAAAGACAAAUAAUAAAGCCAUCCCAUUGCAAGUGUUAUUUUCAUUUGAUGUAAAUGGUUGAGUGCCUCGAAACGAAACUUCGCUGGUUUUUGGGCAAUUCAAGAGACACCAACAAGGUUGACUGAACUUGAUGCUAGGUACUUCCGCAUUGCUCAUCAUAAUUGUCUAUGGAAAUAACUGAGAGAUAGUAACGUCGAACGAAACAACAACAAAAAUAGAAUGUCUUCAGAUCGAUUUCACAAAGCGGCCAAGGAUGGACUGAUCGAUGUGCUGAAGGAGGCGACACGCAAGGAUGCCAAUGCCAAGGACGAUGAUUCAAUGACUCCCGUGAUGUGGGCGGCAUUCGAGGGACGCCUCGACGCUCUUCGUUUGCUGUGUGGCAGAGGUGGGGAUCCCGAUAAGUGUGAUCAGUUUGGCAAUACGGCACUGCACUUGGCCGCUGCCAAGGGUCAUUUGCACUGCGUCGAUUUUCUGAUCAAGUUUGGUGUCAACAUUUAUGCCCUGGACAUUGAUCGGCACAAUGCCAAGGAUCUGGCGGCCAUCAACAAUCGGGAUGAGAUCUUGCGCUAUUUGGACGGUGCCGCGGCCAACUUCGAAACUAAUGAAAAAAAAAAGGCGAAGGCGCUAAAGGAGCUGGCUGAAAAAGAGUGCGAAAAGCGUGUGAAGGAAUACAUGAAGCGACAGCAGCAGCAGCGUCAAGGACACGGCGAUUACAGCGAUCCAAAGCCGAGCAGUGCUCAAACGUUAACGAGCAGCAAGUCCAGCAAUAUGCUUUCGACACUCAAGCAAAAGAUCUGGUCCAGCCAGGGAAAUCUGAAUAAAACCCCCAAGGAACAGCCAGCAGCUGCUGUUGCGCCUCCGCAGCCAGCACGCAGUGGAGCCAAGUUCAGUGAUCUAGUAGGCAGUGGAAGCAGCAGCAGCGGUGGCUCUACAAUUGCCAGUCGCAUGGGUACAGUUCAAAAGAAACCCUCACUACUACAACCAGCAGCCAAGAGCCACCAACACUCCAGCGCUUGUCCACAUGCGGCGGCAGCUAAUGAUGGUGGCUUCAAGGUGCGCGAACUUGAGCCAGAUGGCAAAAGAACAAUCACAUCGCUGACGGGUCUGCAACGAGACUCGGAAGUGCUCUAUGUGGGCACAUUUAGUUCGACGGAAGAGAGUAUUGGCAAGCGUGGCAAGAUCGCCGAUGUCUUCGAGGUAGACGAUGCCACAAUGGAGCGCGAAACCAGUCGAUUGGGUUAUAGCACCGCGUUGUCGCGCAGUUUUUCCCAGCCGGAUAUACUUGGCGAUACACAGCUGACGCAAGAACUAAACGAAGAGUUGGUGCUGCAGCGUCCAGUGGGUCUCUUUGAUCGCCCCACAAUGCUGGGCAGCAUUGCAUUUAGACGCUCGGUGACGGCAGCGCUGAGUCAGCUGCAAUUGCAAACAGAUUGCGUUGACAGCAUGUCUGGUUCCACAAUGCGAAAUGCUGCCAAUAGCAACAGUAAUAAUAGCAAUAAUAAGUCGCGAAAUGGAGGAAAUAAGGCGCGUUUGUAUUUGAAUCUGUCCGAUGAAUCGGACUCGGAAGGCGAUGGCGAUGACAUUUACAGCGACGACGAAGAGGAUCAGGAGGUAACUGCCAGUGCGCUGCAGCGAUUCCUUACGGUCUGGGCAUUGGAUGAGUACCUGCCAGUUUUUCAGAAGCAGCAAAUCGAUUUGGAGACACUGAUGCUGCUCACAGAGGCGGAUUUGAAGAGUCUGGGCUUACCCCUGGGACCCUUUCGCAAGCUAACCUUUGCGAUACAGGAACGACGAAAUGCUCUCGCCAAUCCCGGACCCAUGGUUGACAGUAGACUGUAG